GUUUUAGACUAUAUCCUAGUUUUAUAAAUGUGAGUUGUUCCCCUUAGAUGAAAUCACUCCAUUUGUUCAGUUUUUUUUCUUAUCUCGAGCAUGGUCACGGAGUCCAGCGAAGAAUCUGUGGACCCUCCUUGUUAAUACAAAUCAUGGAAACCUUGGAAUGGGAACUUCUACAUAUCUUAAAAUCAGACAAUUGCUCAAAGUUUGCCUUGCUUAUUUUGAAUCAGCCCCUUGAACCAGAACUUGAAAUUUUCCAUAAACUGUGGUCUAAAGCUGUAUAUAAGGCAUGUGUAGAUGGAGGGACCAAUGAGCUGUAUGAUACACUGGGAGAACAAAGAGGGGAACAUGUGCCAGAUAUCAUCACUGGUGACUUUGAUUCUGCCAGGGCAGAUGUCUUACAGUUUUAUAAAGAUAAGGGUGUGGAGAUAAUAAACACACCAGAUCAGGAUGAUACAGACUUCACAAAAUGUUUAAAACUUAUAUUAGAACGGAGGAAGAUGCACCAGAUUGAGUGUGUCAUUGCACUAAGUGCAUUUGGAGGUAGACUGGAUCAGCAAUUUGCCAAUAUUAACACAUUAUUUACAGCCAGUCAACUUGCUGGAAGUGUACCAGUCUAUCUUUUGAGCAGCCAAUCUAUGACCUGCUUACUUCAAAAGGGAUGCCACAGAUUGAAGGUGAAUUCUGGGUAUGAAGGUGAUAGUUGUGGUUUGGUACCAAUAGCUGGUAAAUGUAACUGUAUAUCAACUACAGGACUCAAGUGGAAUCUAGACAAACAGGCGAUGAGUUUUGGGGAAUUAAUCAGCACAUCAAAUACAUGGAAUGGAGACAGUGAUGUAACGGUUGAAACAGACAAUUCUUUGCUGUGGAUGAUGAAUGUAAAGCUUCAAAAAGAUGAGUGCAUGCCGUUAUCAGAAUAUAAUAACUGGUCAUAAUUGAAUUGUUUUGAUAUGCAUGUAUCUGUUAUGAAUAUAAAGAAGCUCCACUGUGAUUCAAAGGCUUAAAAUAUACAAAAUUUGAAAUUCACAUGCAAAAGGUAUCAAAGAGAUUAUUCAUGACUAAAUUGAAAAUAAAUUUUAGCGCGAUUUAAAGCCAGAUUCGAGUUAAAAGUGUUUAAAACACUUCAUUUUGGGGUCAUUUUGAAAAAAGCAAAUAAAAUUUGAAAUUAUCAUUCAGGGAAAACUUAGUGAGCAAAUGAUCAUAAAUUUUUCACACAAACAUCAAAUGAUACACCUAUCUCAAAAAGAUAUUUCCAGUCCUGUUUUGUCAAAAAACAGUGGUGGAGCCUCUUUAAGAAUUUAUAUAAGAAAGUGCUAAACUAGAUCAGCGAACAGUAUAGAGUCUGGUCAGACUGCAUUAAUUUUCAAAUUUGGCUAGCAGUAUACAAAGUCUGUCGUUGUCCUAGGGAAGCAUUCUGAAAGUUGAUAGUACAGUCGUUACACCGUGAAAUAGUGGUGUGCUGCAAGGUUAUGUAUUUUUACUUUUAGUUAGCUGAUUUAAAGUGACAUUAUGCCAAUCUUCAAGUAAAUGGUGAGUGUUCAAUUAAAAUCAAUUUUAAGAUAACUACAUUUUGUCACAUUUGUUUUCAAUUUUAUAAUAAAAGUCACCUUUGUCCCAAAACUCCCGUGACCCACAUAAUAUCUUUAAAUAUCCUUCGGAAAGUAUAAGUAUUAUUCAAUUUAUAACUGUCCUUAUAUAUUUUAGACAGUUUUAGUAUGUUUUCCUAAAAUUUUAGUAUGUUUUCCUAAGCAAUUGUGGUUAUCAAUUAUUGUUCAAUCACCAUUGAAAUAAUCUUUUGAAAAAUGCAACUAAUUUAUCUCAGCUUGACAGUAAACAAGAAAUGAACAUAAUGUCACUUUAAUAGUCUAGAUUUAUUUCAGUUUUAAGCUCACUUUUCACUUUUAAGCCAAACACUAAAAAUGUGCAAACACAAGUGAAAAACACUUAUUUAUUAAAAUUAUUAGAUUUAAAGACAGGUAUAAUUUUUCUCACAUCUAGUACUUUGUAUGUUUUGUGACAGAUACCUGAAAUCACUUUAUUACUUCCCCUUAACUUUUGUAUUAAGGGCUAUUAUUAUCUAUUUUUGUAUAAGCAGAAGAAUUAAACAGAUAACUUAUUCA